AUGGAUGUUCCUUGUCACCUGCGCAGCGCUUCUUUGACUUUGGCCAAUGUCCAACUUUCUGACUCCCGCAGCGAUUCAUACGAAAGUCGCAUCGAUGGAUCUCUAUUUUCCCUCCGCGAACUUCGGCAAGGAGCUGCCGACUUGGGCCUGGACGUGCUCCGCAAAUAUCUGGGCUCGCUUGGCUUGCUUGGGGCUCGAGGUGCGGAUGUAACGCAGCUGGAUGCAACACACGCCAUACAAAACGGAUGCCCGGAUUGA